AUGGUGUCACUGCUCCCGCCACAGUCUGACGUCGCGCUGCCAGGCACCGCCAGGCUGGAGGGCGAUCCCCAAGGGGACCUCAUGCAGGCGCCGGGCCUCCCUGCCUCUCCUGCUCCACAGAGUAAGCACGCCAACUUCAGCUGCUCAUCAUUUGUACCUGACGGUCCUCCAGAGAAAGCCCCCUCCCUGCCCCCACACAGCCCCAGCAUUGCAUCGCCAGGCCCUGAGCAAGCCCAAAGCCACUGCCAAGCAGGUCCAGGCCCAGGACCCUUCCGGCUCUCACCCUCGGACAAGUAUCCUGGCUUCGGCUUUGAGGAGGGCACAGCCAGCAGUCCAGGCCGCUUUCUCAAGGGCAACCACACGCCUUUCCACCCAUACAAGCGGCAUAUCCACGAGGAUGUCUUCCCAGAAGCGCAGACUGCGCUGGCCCUUGACGGACACCCUUUCAAGGCCCCAGGCUCGCUGGAGGCCUUCGAGGAGAUCCCAGUGGACAUGGGGGAGGCUGAGGCCUUCCUGCCUGGCUUCCCAGCCGAGGCCUGGUGUGGUGGGCUUCCCUACACAAGCCAAGAGCACAACGCCCAAGUCCUGGGCUCAGAGGUGAAGGUCAAGCCCCCAGCUCUGGAGAACGGCCCUGGGAUGUACUGCUACCAGCAUCCCUUGCAGCACGUGUACUGCCCUUCCCAGCCCCCCUUCCACCAGUAUGUGCCAGGUGGUGGCAGUUACCCAGUGCCCUACCUGGGUUCAGCUCACUACCCUUACCAGCGGAUCGCACCGCAGGCCGGCACUGAUGCGCACCAGCCGCUCUUCCCUAAACCCAUCUACUCCUACAGCAUCCUCAUCUUCAUGGCCCUUAAGAACAGUAAAACCGGCAGCCUUCCUGUCAGUGAGAUCUACAACUUCAUGACGGAGCACUUUCCUUACUUCAAGACAGCACCUGAUGGCUGGAAGAACUCCGUCCGUCACAACCUCUCCCUCAACAAGUGCUUCGAGAAGGUGGAGAACAAAUCGGGCAGUUCGUCUCGCAAGGGCUGCCUGUGGGCCCUCAAUCCAGCCAAGAUCGACAAGAUGCAGGAGGAACUGCAGAAGUGGAAACGGAAAGACCCCAUCGCUGUGCGCAAAAGCAUGGCCAAGCCAGAAGAACUGGACAGCCUCAUUGGAGAUAAGAGGGAGAAACUGGGCUGCCCGCUGCUGGGCUGUCCGCCCCCUGGGCUGGCAGGCUCCAGCUCCAUUCGGCCACUGGUUCCUCCAGCUGGGCUCUCCCAGCCACUACACUCACUGCACCCAGCUCCAGGCCCAAUUCCUGGCAAGAAUCCCCUGCAGGACCUGCUGGGAGGAGGACAAGUGCCCUCCUGCUAUGGGCAGACGUAUCCACACCUGUCGCCGGGCCUGGCCCCACCUGGACCCCCACAGCCAUUGUUCCCGCAGCCAGAUGGGCACUUGGAGCUCCGGGCCCAGCCAGGCGCCCCUCAGGACUCGCCUCUGCCUGCCCACACCCCGCCCAGCCAUAGCACCAAGCUGCUAGCCGAGCCCUCCCCAGCCAGGACCAUGCAUGACACCCUCCUGCCAGACGGAGACCUCAGCACCGACCUGGACGCCAUCAAUCCCUCUCUCACCGACUUUGACUUCCAGGGAAACUUGUGGGAACAGUUGAAGGAUGACAGCUUGGCCCUCGACCCCCUGGUGCUGGUGACCUCAUCCCCGACGUCGUCUUCGAUGCCACAGCCUCCUUCAGCCCCCCACUGCUUCCCCCCAGAGCCCUGUUUGUCAGAGACGGGCAAUGGGGCAGGUGACUUGGCACCACCAGGCAGUGAGGGCUCUGGGGCCCUGGGAGAUCUGCACCUCACCACUCUGUACUCAGCCUUCAUGGAGCUGGAGCCCACACCUCCCACGGCCCCCGCUGGCCCCUCCAUGUACCUCAGCCCCAGCUCCAAGCCCAUGGCUCUGGCCUGA